AUGGUAGUGAAAGCCCGCCAGGCGCCGUCCGGAGUAGUGGUGAAACCUAGCCUCGCCCUCCCAACUCCAAGUGGAUUCACUGUUGUUUUGAAGUGCAUUGUUGUUACUUCACUUCUUCUCUUCAUUCUAGGUCAGGUUUUAACACGGAAAAAUAUUGAAGAUGUCAUCAAAUUUGCCAAGGAAGAAAAUCUGUUCGUUUUGGCAGACGAGGUCUAUCAACACAAUAUCUAUGCUGCUGGGUCAGAAUUCCAUUCGUUCAAGAAGGUGCUCUCUGCGAUGGGGCCGGAUUACCAGACUGUGGAGCUGGCUUCGUUUAUGUCGACAUCCAAGGGAUACAUGGGAGAAUGUGGAUUUCGCGGUGGAUAUGCAGAGGUGGUCAACCUUGACCCUGGUGUGAGAGCCAUGCUGGUGAAGUCCAUCUCUGCUAAACUCUGUUCAUCAGUCAUUGGUCAGGCUGUCAUGGAUGUGGUCGUGAAUCCACCAAAACCAGGCGAACCAUCGUACGAUUUAUUUAAACAGGAAACGGACCAGGUUCUGGGAGACUUGAAGAAGAAGGCCAGUAUGGUGACGGAGACGUUCAACUCAAUCGCUGGAAUCCGGUGUAACAUCGUCCAGGGAGCCAUGUACGCCUUCCCCAAGCUGACGCUGCCGCCUAAAGCUCUACAAGCUGCCAAGGAUAAGGGGGUUGCCCCUGAUGUGUUUUUCUGCUUCAGUCUGCUGGAAGAAACGGGAAUGUGUGUUGUUCCAGGGACCGGGUUCGGCCAGAUCGAAGGAACAAGUCAUUUCAGAACGACAAUUCUUCCGACAGUAGAAAAACUGGGAGAGAUGUUGGAUCGGUUCACGAAAUUCCAUACUUCAUUCAUGUCAAAAUAUUCCUAGCCUGAUAAUAGGAGAUCUGUAUUUCUAAUGUGUUACGAAAUUACAUCAGUGAUAUUCGGCAAAAACAAAAAGUCUAUCUCUGGUCAGACAAAAGGUCCACAAUUGAUGCUGCGAUGUGUUUUUUAUUAGUUUUUUUAGUUUUUUAAAGCAUGGAUUGCAUAGAAAAGGUGGUUAUAUUUGAAAUAAGGGGCAUAUAUAAUUUGAAAUCAGAAUGUACCUCUGUUCAUGCGUAAUGGCAUUUUGGCUCCAAAUGCGUUUUUACAUCAUAGUAUUAGUAAGAAAAGCCUGGCAAAAAUCAACGUCAUACUGUGGGAAAUAAUAUUUUAAAAAACCCAUCGAUGUGUGAGGGUCGAUUUAAUCAACGCACGCACUGACCAGAGAUCAGAAAUUUAUUUUGUUUGGCCUGAUAAUCACACCACCUUGUCGCGCGGGAUCGAAUCCUACUGUGAGAACACCUGAAUCAGAACAACUUUAGUCUUAAACGUUCCAAGUUUUGUAGGGCGGACAAAUCGCAUGUGACAAGUCGGUGCGACUAAUUGUGUAAUGAGAACGCACUUAAUGAUAUAAUUUUUGAAUCUAUGUAAGUCGAUAUUUAGAAAAAAGAAUUCUGACAAAUUUUAGAUUAUCUGUCCUGAGUGAAUGAAUGUUGUAAACCAGAACCUUUGUCGAGGGGCAAGUAAUUUGUAACUCCUUGUAGUGAAUUGGUUAUUAUGAUUUUAGUCCCCAAACAGUCCCAGCUGCAGGGGACUGUAUGUUUUGUCUCCAUAUUUAUAUCUGCCUGUCCCACAUAUAGUUUUCUGGACUUUCUUUCACAGUGAGGCACUAUGAAAAGAAAGUCCAGAAAACUAUCUGUGGAACAAAACACAUUCUGCUGAAAUUUUGUGUUUUUGCUUUAUCUGUACUGACUUUCCCGGCUAUUUACCCAUUUUUGACAGUUAUGGUCCUUGAACUUAGGAGAUACAAAAAUGUGUUUUCUGGACAUUUAAAUGUUUUUUGCAAUGCCACAAGAUAUUGAGCUGAAAUUUUGUGUAUAGGUUUAUCAUUACUGUUACACAUUAUCACUUUUAACUGGUUUUAAAGAUACAAAUAUCUGCCAUCCUUAGACAGACCCAUUCCGUGACCACAUAUGAUGGAGUUUAUUAAUCUCGGCUAUAUAAACCAAUUCCAUCUGCCAUUACAUGUACAUCACAACUACAUCAUGGCAUAAUGGCAUUCUUUUUCCAGUCAAAUGUUUAUGAGACAAAAUAAUGUUUGAUUGGUAUCUCACAGAUUUGUAUAAGUAUUCUCACUGUGCCUCUUAAAGGUUCAUAAGACAAUGCCAGAUGAGUAUGUGAUGUAAAAAUGUAUGGACAGGAAACGCACAGUGCAGUCAUUAAACGGUCGAGGUUCAACAAAAUUAUCAGAAAAGAUUUCUCCAUUGAUUCCAGUUCUUUUUUUUACCUCUACAUGAAUAAUAACUCUUUUUUUUACCAAAAUCUGACGUGGGAAAUGCCAUAAAAAUUGACGAAAAAUGAAUAAACGUCAUAAAUAUGGAACCAGUCAAGACAAAUACAUGUAUGACGAGUCUAGUCACAUUAGCUGGACAAGAUAUUCAUGUUGUUAUGCCUCUGCAACACCACUUCCAUCCCACAGUUCAUGAGAUGGACAAGAUAUUCAUGUUGUUAUGCCUCUGCAACACCACUUCCAAUCCACAGUUCAUGAGAUGGACAAGAUAUUCAUGUUGUUAUGCCUCUGCAACACCACUUCCAUCCCACAGUUCAUGAGAUGGACAAGAUAUUCAUGUUGUUAUGCCUCUGCAACACCACUUCCAACCCACAGUUCAUGAGAUGGACAAGAUAUUCAUGUUGUUAUGCCUCUGCAACACCACUUCCAACCCACAGUUCAUGAGAUGGACAAGAUAUUCAUGUUGUUAUGCCUCUGCAACACCACUUCCAACCCACAGUUCAUGAGAUGGACAAGAUAUUCAUGUUGUUAUGCCUCUGCAACAGCACUUCCAUCCCACAAUUCAUGAGAUGGACAAGAUAUUCAUGUUGUUAUGCCUCUGCAACACCACUUCCAUCCACAAUUCAUGAGAUGGACAAGAUAUUCAUGUUGUUAUGCCUCUGCAACACCACUUCCUACCCACAGUUCAUGAGAUAAUUUACCUGCAAACGAGCACAAAGAUCAUUGAUAUCUGAACCCUUCAGAAGAACCUCGAACCUUCCCAUAAUAUUCUCUUCUUUUUAUCCAUGCAUGAUCAGGGUGUGACACCACAUCACGACCCUAUUCACUUGGAAAACUCUCUGCAGUGGGGAAAUACUGUGAUCUCCAACAAGCAGAAAAGUUGUGUGUUCUGCCAGAUAGAAGCCACAAGGAGAUUGAGCAGGCUGGCAAUCAGGCUAUUGCAGCUGUCUGUGCCUGCAAGUACGGUUCAGAUUGAGCAGGCUGGCAAUCAGGCUAUUGCAGCUGUCUGUGCCUGCAAGUACGGUUCAGAUUGAGCAGGCUGGCAAUCAGGCUAUUGCAGCUGUCUGUGCCUGCAAGUACGGUUCAGAUUGAGCAGGCUGGCAAUCAGGCUAUUGCAGCUGUCUGUGCCUGCAAGUACGGUUCAGAUUGAGCAGGCUGGCAAUCAGGCUAUUGCAGCUGUCUGUGCCUGCAAGUACGGUUCAGAUUGAGCAGGCUGGCAAUCAGGCUAUUGCAGCUGUCUGUGCCUGCAAGUACGGUUCAGAUUGAGCAGGCUGGCAAUCAGGCUAUUGCAGCUGUCUGUGCCUGCAAGUACGGUUCAGAUUGAGCAGGCUGGCAAUCAGGCUAUUGCAGCUGUCUGUGCCUGCAAGUACGGUUCAGAUUGAGCAGGCUGGCAAUCAGGCUAUUGCAGCUGUCUGUGCCUGCAAGUACGGUUCAGAUUGAGCAGGCUGGCAAUCAGGCUAUUGCAGCUGUCUGUGCCUGCAAGUACGGUUCAGAUUGAGCAGGCUGGCAAUCAGGCUAUUGCAGCUGCCUGUGCCUGCAAGUACGGUUCAGAUUGAGCAGGCUGGCAAUCAGGC